AUGUUUCAAUCAAUCCCAACAACACUCGCUCUGCUGACAGCGAGUGCACUUUCCUUCGCCUGGCCUCCACCCUCCUGGUCACCACACCCCCAUGGACCACCACCUACCUGGCAACAGCACGGCAACCAUCACCACCACGAUGACGAACUCGCCUACCCCCGCCAACGCGGCCCAGACUACGACUACACCUCUUUCACACAAGACCAACAAUCCCGCGCGGACGCCAUAAUCGCCCAAUUCCGCUUCGCCUGGUCCGGCUACUACACCCACGCCUACCCUCACGACGACCUCUUACCAAAAAACAACAGCUUCUCUGACUCCCGCAACGGCUGGGGCCUCCUCAUGUUCGACGCCCUCGAUACGGCUAUUAUCAUGGAACAAAAGGACAUCGUCGAUAUAAUCCUCGACUUCAUCCCGACGGUGGAUUUCAGCAGGAAUAACGCCGAGCCGGUUCAGGAGGAUGGGGUGGAGAAUGCUGUUAGUACUAGUUUGUUUGAGACGACGAUUAGGUAUUUGGGCGGGAUGUUGGGGGCGUAUGAUUUGCUCAAGGGACCGUUUGGGCAUUUGGGAGUGGAGGAGGGGAAGGUAGAUGCACUGUUGAGCCAGGCUGGGAGUCUGGCGGACGCGGUGAAGUCUGCUUUUGAUACGCCGACCGGGAUACCGGUGAAUCUGCAGCAUCUCUCCGAUUUGACUGGCAAUCCGGAGUACGGUGACCUCGCACAGAAAGCUGAGUCGUACUGGUUCAAUGGAGACGAGAUCUGGCCUGGUUUGACCGGCGGCAACUUCAGCGUUCAGACUGGUGAGAUUCAAGAUCAGUACGGAGGCUGGACAUCCGGCAACGACAGUGCCUACGAGUACCUGAUCAAAAUGUACGUCUACGACCCAGAACGCUAUCAGAACUACAGCGAGCGGUGGCAAGCAGCAGCAGAUAGCACUAUCGCACAUCUCAUCGGUCACCCCUCUUCCCGGCCAGACCUCACUAUGGCGGGCGCUUUUGACGGAAACAUGGUGGAGAACUACACCGAGCAGUUAGCCUGCUUCAUUGGCGGCAACUUUAUCCUCGGCGCCACCGUCCUUGACCGCUCCGACUAUAUGGACUACGGCCUCGCUUUCUCCGAGUUCUGCGCCAACGGUUACCGCUACGCCGCCUCCGGCAUUGGUCCGAUCGAGUAUAGCUGGAACACCACCCUUCUCGCGUCCAAUUUCACGAAUCAGACUUCCCUGUACGAAAACGCUGGCUGGUUCAUCCCAGACAACACCGCCUACCACAACGGCCAAGCGCCCGAAGCGGUCGAAAGCUGGUACUACGCCUACCAAGUAACAGGCGAUCAGUACUGGCGGGACGUAGCAUGGGCCUAUACACUCGCGCAGAAUCGGACGGAGAGGGUGGGAAGUGGGUUCUCGAGCGUCAAUGAUGUGUUGGUGGAGAGCGGGAAUGGGACGCAGAAUUUCAUGGCGAGCUAUAUGUUGGCGGAGGUGCUGAAGUAUGAGUAUCUGAUUCAGAAGCCGUUUGGGGGGAUGUAUGAUGUGGAGUUUGGGAAGGGGAAUGAGAAUUCGUUUGUGUAUAAUACGGAGGCGCAUCCUUUUAGGGUGAGGGCGAAGGAGCCGGUGUAG